CGACUUGGGACAAGGAGUUCCUCCAGUUUCACACAUUUAACCCAUUUCCUCGCUCCUUUCCAAACAAGUCCUCUCUCUCUCUCUCUCUCUCUCUCUCACACACACACACAAAAAUGGAAGUAUCAGUUGUGGCCAGUGUUGCACUACGUGUUGUUUGGGUGAGCGUAAUAAUUACAUGGGCAUGGAGGGUGCUGAACUGGGUGUGGCUGAGGCCAAAGAAGCUAGAAAGAUGUCUAAGGCAGCAAGGUUUGGCGGGCAACUCGUACAGGCUUUUGAUAGGAGACACGAAGGAAAGCUCCAUGAUGCUGAAAGAAGCAAAAUCUAAACCCAUGGACCUCUCCCAUGAUUUAGCGCCACGUGUCCUCCCGUUUGUUCAUCAAUCCAUGAACACUUAUGGUAAGAAUUCUUUUAUUUGGAUUGGCCCCACACCAAGAGUGAACAUCAGUAAUCCAGAGGAUGUGAAAGAUGUAUUUGCAAAAUAUGAAGAUUUUCAGAAGCCAGUAACAAAUCCACUGGUGAAGUUGCUAGUAACAGGUCUUGCAAACUAUGAGGGCGAGAAAUGGGCAAAACACCGUAAAAUCAUCAACCCGGCCUUCCAUUCAGAGAAGCUAAAGGCACUAUAUCGUAUGUUACCGGCAUUUCACCAAAGUUGUAGUGAGAUGAUUGAAGAAUGGGAGAGCUUGGCGUCUAAAGAGGGUUCAUGCGAGUUAGAUGUUUGGCCUUAUCUUCAAAAUUUGACAGCUGAUGUGAUUUCUCGAACAGCAUUUGGGAGUAGCUAUGAAGAAGGAAGGAAAAUAUUUCAACUCCUGAAAGACCAAGCACAACUUACAAUAAAAACUAUACAAAGUGUUUACAUUCCAGGAUGGAGGUUUCUACCUACUAGUAUGAACAAGAGGAUGAAAGAGAUUGAUAAGGAAAUAAAAGGUUCACUGAUGGGUAUUAUAAAUAAAAGAGAAGAGGCAAUUAGGGUGGGUGAAGCGACUAAAGAUGACCUAUUGGGGAUACUUAUGGAUUCCAACUUGAAGGAAAUUCGAGAAAAUGGGAACACCAAGAACGUUGGGAUGAGCAUUGAGGAUGUGAUUGAAGAGUCCAAGCUGUUUUACUUUGCCGGUCAAGAGACCACUUCAGUGUUGCUUGUUUGGACACUGGUUUUGCUCAGUCAAAAUCAGGAUUGGCAAGCUCGUGCAAGAGAUGAGGUUUUGCAAGUGUUUGGAAGCAAUAAACCAGACUUUGAUGGGCUAAGUCACCUCAAAGUUGUAACCAUGAUUUUACUUGAAGUUCUUCGAUUAUACCCAGCAGUUAUUGUGCUUUCUCGAGCCAUUCACAAGAACACACGGCUUGGAAAAUUGUCAUUACCAGCUGGAGUCCAAGUCUCCUUAAACACACUGCUUGUUCACCAUGACAAAGAAUUGUGGGGUGAGGAUGCAAAGGAGUUCAAGCCAGAGAGGUUUUCAGAAGGAGUUUCAAAGGCAACAAAGAACAAAUUUAAAUACUUCCCUUUCGGAGGGGGUCCAAGGAUUUGCAUUGGACAAAACUUUGCCAUGGUGGAAGCUAAAUUGGCCUUGGCCCUGAUUUUACAACACUUUGCCUUUGAGCUUUCUCCAUCCUAUGCUCAUGCUCCUUCUGCAGUUAUAACCCUUCAACCUCAAUUUGGUGCUCAUAUCAUUUUGCAUAAACGUUGAUUUGUCUGACUGAUAGGAAAAAGGAAUCAAAUAAAGAUAGCCAUAGUUCUAGUUGUUUGA